GAGUAUAUAUUUACUGGUUUUGGCUCUUGGCAAAUCUAACUCAGGUACAGUUCCUUCACCAGCUUCUGAAGUAAACGCUUCAUCAGAAUUAGGAGAAGAAGGGGAGACCAGGCGAAUCCUGAAUGGACGUGAGGUUUUUGACACCAGAUCAUACAUGGUGUGGUUGCGGCCAACGACUACCCACACGGACAUGGUGGACAAAAAUUGGCUAUGCGGUGGCGUAAUCCUUAAUGAACAAUAUAUACUCACUUCCGCCGCGUGCAUAGAAGACGUCAAGCACUUUUACGUGAUUACUGGGACCCACAAGUGGUUGCCAGUAUCACAGACUAAUGAGUGUAUUAAAAACGGCGCAUUACGUGCCAUUUGGAAAUGUGUCCAUAGAACAUAUCGUUUCGAUGGAAAUGUGUUUAACAACAUACGUUGGAUGGUGAACGACAUAGCAGUUGUCAUGACCGAAAGCGCAAUUUCCUUCACCAGACGUGUAAAAGGCUGCGAUUUCAUUCCAAGCACGAUCAAAUACAAUAACAUCUCUAAAGAUUAUGAGGCACCUGGAACCAAGGGAUACAUCGCUGGAUGGGGUUCUAACGAUAAAUAUACUGAUGCAGCAGACAUGAUAGCCCGAACCAGCGUCAACUCCCCCGUGAUGAUGGAAGCGGUGAACAUCAUAAUCAACAAAGACAGCUGCAAACAUCGCUGGUUGCCGCGCUACCACUCAAUCAUCGACAAGUACAUGAUCUGCGGAAAAACGGCCCGCGUCAACAAAUUGAGCGAUUCUUGUGUUACUAAUCAAGCAGCGUGCAGACAGCUGAUUUUCUCAGAGGAGGAAGGACCUCGAAUCAGGAGGUUCGAGGGGGAUCCUGACAAGCUCCUUCUACACUCCGCAGCGGAAGUCAAGAAGAGGGAGAAGAUAGAAAAAAUGACGAGACGUAUGGCGCGGAACACAAAUGGAGGGUUUUGCGAGAAUGACCACGGUGGCCCGUUAGUCAUCGGGCAUGGAUCAGAUAGCAUAGUGGUUGGCAUCAUGUCGUCGUACAGGGUUCAUGAUAACUCGAAACAAUGCUACGGGCCGUUCCUUUACACCAGUGUUUACAAUAACAGACAUCUUAUUCAUUGUGCCAUCUACAAAACUGAAGGAGACGACUGUUCGACGGUGUUGAGAGAUCAAUCUAGCGUGCUAGAAGAGGAAACGUAUGACUGGGGGAACAUUACAGUCAGGGCUAAGACGGUAUACGAAGACGAAGGCCAACCAGUACUUCGUAGCAGCAACGAUACCAUUGACCCGUUAGCCCCGGGCACGACACCCGGAAAUACAGAAACCUUGCCGAGCGACACAAAGAUAACAUAACUAAAAUCGUG